GUGGCGCGGCUGGCCCGCGGCCGCGCCGCGCAGCUCCGCCAGUUCGGCGGCGGACACCUCUGCCUCCGGAGCGUCUUCGCGCAGCAUCCGCGCCCGCACACGCUCCCGCUCCGCACGCGCACGCAAAGCCACUUCGCGCGAGGCGCUCGCCGGGCUACAUCGAGACGACCCAACCGCUGCGGCCGCAGGCCGGCGGCGCAGGCGAAUGGCCGCUUCUUCCCAUGCUGCCUGACAAGGCCGGACGGGCCGCCGCGCGCGCCCUCCAUCUCCAGCAGCGUCACCGACAUGGACGUGCCCAUCUACGCGCGCGAGACCACCACCGCCCUACGACCGUGUACCAAAGGAAGUGAAUAUUCUAUUGAUCGUUUAAAGCAAGAGUAUCAAACUGGUGGCCCAAUGUGUAUUUUUGCCCCCGGCAACGACACAGUCGUAUAUCCACCAUAA